UCGUUCAGUCACUGUUGGACCGGUGCCACGUUCGGAUGGGUGGACCGACGACGCUUUUCCACUGCUCUAACCAGCUUUAGUGUUCAGAAGCUAAAAUUCAAUAGUGAAACGAUUAGUUACAGAUUUAUCAUACCGUGGUGGUGAGUCAGUUACGCUAGACACGCGAAAGCAUACCAGCGCUUGCUUUGUUGUUCCACCGCUACACGUGUGUAGUGGUGAGAUGGUUCCCAACAUCAAACGCUCUUUGGGGUAGUCGAGAGCAGCUGCAGCUUUGUGCUUGGAGCACGGCCAAUCCGAAUUGCGUGUUGGGGAUAGCAAACGCACGGAACAAGAUACAACAUCAGUUGUGUUGAUAAACAUUCCCUCCGGUUUGACAGUCGCGACUACUGUUGGCCCUAUCAACAUCAAGCCAUCAGCUCUGCGUGUGUGUACUGUAGCUAACGAAAUAAAGGCAAAUACUAGGGACUGCACUAUCUCAAUCGGUCCGCGGAAUACGCCUUGUUUGCUAGAUAUAGAGGCAGCAGUGAAUCCGGGUGUGUUACCUCCGCGUUCGGCCAUUCAUUUGUUGCUCGUGAAGCAGCACCGUGGAAGAGCAAGUCCAGCAAGGUUGGCCAACAAUUAAGCCCCGAAAACCCAUCUACCGAGUGUAAAAAGUGAGUGAAAUUUAUGUAAAAAUGUGCAAUCAAUGUGGAUAAAUCAGUGCCAGCAUCAUCAUCCGCGCAAUGUUGCUUCGACAGCCUUUUUUUUCGUACGCAAUUCCACGCUCUCUCGCUGUUUCUCUCGCGGUUUUUGGUUGUGUGUGUGUGUGCGUUGAGAAGAGGCUUUGUAGGUGAAAUCCACAAUUGCUUCGAUAUACACGUGUCCGGUUUGAUUGUGUUGGAUGGGAGAUCUAGUCAUCGCUGGAGUGUUGUUGUUGUUGCCUAGGGAAUGCAAGUGUUUGGUGGAAAUUUUUGAACUUGUGUGUUUGUGUGUAUGUGUGUGUUUGUGAACGUUUGUUUAGUCAGCUGUUUAUCAUGCGGUUUGUUUGAUACGAAACGAGCAAUUAUCAUUCGAACAUAGAAGCACAACGCACUAUGCGCGAGAAGACGCGGGGGACGGAUCACCAGUUUGGCUAACAAGUGAUUAAAUAAACUUCAACAAAAUGGCCAACACGGGCAACAAAGUGCCACUCGCAAACGGCAGCACAACAGUCCACCGCUAUGGUGCCACGUCGGAUACAAGAACGGUAGUGCCUGCAGUGAACGGAAUAGAUCCCCACACCGAUCCCGGCACGCCAACGUUUCCGGCCCACCCCACCACAGUCGACAUGGAGCGCGCCCAGCUCGAAAAGCGUUCCACACUGAAGAUGUGCGAAAAGAUCGGCUAUGGGUUGGGCCAUGUGUACAACGAUCUCUGUGCCGGCAUCUGGUUCAGCUACACGUUACUGUUCAUGCAGGGUGCGCUGGGAAUGCCGGCAGCCGAAGCCGGUGCGAUGGUGAUGUUGGGGCAGGUUGGUGAUGCUAUUGCGACACCGAUCGUGGGCCUGCUGACGGAUCGGUACGGAACGAAGCGACAGUGGCAUAUAGCAGGCACCUUUAUAGUAUUUCUUACAUUCCCGAUGAUAUUUUCCCUGUGUCCCUGGUGCACGGUAGCGCCCCACUGGUGGGAAAUUCUGUACUUCGUAAUCGUGAUACUUGCCUUCCAGUUCGGGUGGCCAAUCGUACAGGUGACGCACCUUGCCAUGAUACCGGAACUGUCGCGGACGCAGAAGGAUCGGUCAGAUCUAACUGCCAUCCGGUACUCGGUGUCGAUCGUGUCCAAUGUGGUGGUGUACAUCGUUACUUGGGCGGUUUUACGAAGUCGUACAAGCACCGACAAUCAGAUUGGACCCGGUGAUGCGUAUCGGUUUCGGGACAUUUCGCUUAUUCUUACGCUGGUCGGCGUGUCCAUGUCGGUUCUGUUCAACUUUUCGCUCACAUUCAGCGGGUACGAACAUCGACGAAACACAGCGCUACAGCACAACAUCAUCCGUCCGUCCGCACCACGAGCCGAAACGGACAUUGAGCGAGAGUCACUGUUGGGGCCGGAUCAGAGACAAGCGAAUGGGCAGUUGGCAGGAUCCUCUAGCGCGCUGGACACGAUCGUACAGCGUAAACCAAAGAAAAACUUCUUCAAAUCACCUCUGCUGUAUCAGAAUGCCUUACUGUACGUCUUUUCGAGACUUUUCAUGACAACCUCACUCGUGUACAUGCCACUUUGGUUGGACGAACGUGCCUAUCAGCCGGAUGUGACACCGGCCGAAAACAACGCCAAUGUUGAGCAUCUCGCCACGGUUCCACUUGUCUCGUUUCUUGCCUCGUUCGUUGCAUCGCUAAUUCUGAAGUACACCAAUCGCUUCGUGGGUAACAGUUUGGUGUACUUCGUGGGGUCCAUCAUCAGCACCAGUGUGUGUCUGUGGAUCGCACUCACGCCCGGUUCGGGAUCAUUCAGUACUGUGUCCUUAUUUCUGAUCGCUUCCCUGUUCGGGGCCGGCAGUUCCAUCACGAUGAUUAGCAGCUUGUGCAUUACCGCUGACAUGAUCGGGAAGCAUGCGGACCAGGGUGGAUUCAUCUAUUCGGCCGUUACGUUUGCAGACAAGCUGAUCACCGGUGUGGUGGUGGUGAUCAUCGAGUCGGUGAAAUGUCACGAUCGUUCCGAAUGUCCAGAGUAUUAUAGAGGAGUGCUAUCAUACGGGUGCGGACUGGCGGCCAUCCUGGGAUGUCUUACGCUGGCCACCUUACUGUGUACUACCGCGACUACCCGGAGAAGGAAUCGGUAGUGCAUGGUGCCGAAUGAAAUUCCACACUUUUUACUAUAGGCUCAGUUACGUUUUUAUGCAAUUGUUUUAUGUUUUUAAUUAUUUUAGUUUACGCUCUAAUUUCCGUGAAAAGUGGUAUAUUUUUAAAUGCUAUGCAGUAAAGCAAUUAUAUAUUAGUAGGCAAA